CUCGGGUGCACGCGCGGUCGGAGUCAUACCUCCAGUUGCCAACUUGUGUCCACAGACUCUUGCAACUUGACCAUUCCUGCAUCACUCACGUUGCAGUGCCGGCGCUUCCUCUGAGCGUCUUGAGCUCCCCGCGGACACGCGACCCCUCCACCCCACCAGUCACCAAGGCGGCACACUGCCAUUGAGCGCAACCAUGAGCUCAGUGACCAAGGGCGAGAUCCCGGAUCCCACGGCGGACCUGCAUUGGUCCGACUUCAAGGGGCCAAUCCACGACAUCUUUGCUGCGAACGCCCGGCGGCAUCCCGACCGGCCCUGCGUUGUUGAGACGGCCACCAGCAAGACGCCCGAGCGCAGCUUCACGUACAAGCACAUCUCCGAGGCCACGGCGAUACUGGCACACCACUUUGUGCACAAUGGCAUACAGCGCGGCGACGUCGUCAUGAUCUUCGCCCACCGCGGCGUGGAUCUGGUCGUCGCCAUCAUGGCGGUUCUCGCUGCCGGAGCCACUUUCUCUGUCCUGGAUCCUCUAUACCCUCCGGACCGCCAAUGCAUCUAUCUUGAAGUCUCCCAGCCCCGUGCUCUCGUCGUAAUCGAUAAAGCAAUUCAGGAGGCCGGCCCUCUUUCCGACCAGGUGCGCAGUUACAUCGCUGAAAACCUCGAUCUUCGGACCGAAGUCCCAGGACUGCAACUUCGGGACGACGGGACGCUAGUCGGUGGCCAGAAAGACGGCAAGGAUGUGCUGGACGGCCAACAACAGCUCAAGGCGGAAUUGCCAGGUGUCUUGGUUGGUCCUGAUUCGACCCCUACCUUGUCCUUCACAUCGGGUUCUGAGGGCAAGCCGAAGGGCGUCAAAGGACGUCACUUCUCCCUGACACACUACUUCCCCUGGAUGGCUGAGACCUUCGGGCUGUCAGAAAACGACAAGUUUACCAUGUUGUCGGGUAUUGCCCACGACCCGAUCCAGCGCGAUAUCUUCACGCCUCUUUUCCUAGGCGCUCAGCUACUGGUACCUAGCAAAGAAGAUAUCCAGCAUGAGAAGCUCGCAGAAUGGAUGCGCAAGUACGGCGCAACAGUGAGCCACCUGACCCCAGCCAUGGGCCAGAUUUUGGUUGGAGGUGCUUCGGCUAUCUUCCCAAGCCUGCAUCACUCAUUCUUUGUCGGCGACUUGUUGAUCAGGAGAGAUUGCAGAAGGUUACAGAAUCUCGCCCCCAACGUCCGCAUCGUGAACAUGUACGGAACCACCGAGACCCAAAGAGCUGUGAGCUACUACGAGUUACCCAGCGCGACCGAGGCACCCGAAUUUUUGGACACCCUCGGCGAGGUCAUCCCAGCCGGACGCGGAAUGAACAAUGUCCAACUAUUGGUCGUAGACCGAGAGGACAGGAACAAGAUCUGUGAGCCAGGAAAAAGCGGCGAGAUUUACGUACGUGCUGGUGGCCUGGCAGAAGAGUACUUGGGCCUUCCUGAUCAGACGUCUACAAAAUUCGUGGAUAACUGGUUUGUGGAUCCUAGCAGAUGGGUUCAGGAAGACAAGAAGAAAGUAGAAGCCCAAGGUACGGCAGAGCCCUGGCGGGAGUUUUACAAGGGACCGCGAGACAGAUUAUACCGCUCUGGCGAUCUGGGUCAUUACGGACCAGAUGGUAACGUCCAUUGUACGGGACGUGUCGACAACCAGGUCAAGAUCCGAGGUUUCCGUAUCGAGCUUGGAGAGAUUGAUUCUCACCUUGCCGCGCAUCCGUUGGUUCGUGAGAACGUCACCCUGCUGAAGCGUGACGCUUACGAGGAACCAACGCUCGUCAGCUACAUCGUUCCCGAGAUGAAGCGAUGGUAUGACUGGCUUGAAGAGCGAGGUGUGACCGAGAGCUCCAGCGAUGAAACGGACAUGGUGGCGCUGCUGAAGCGGUUCAAAUACCUUCGGGACGACGUGCGAGAGCACCUUAAGAAGAAGCUUCCUGCAUAUGCCGUUCCCUCUACAGUUGUUCCUCUCAUUCGAUUCCCGCUCAACCCCAACGGCAAAAUCGAUCGACCCGCCCUUCCGUUCCCAGAACCAGCACAGCUCGCUGCCGCUGGCGCGAGGAGACCUUCUCAACUCGGCACGGCUCUGACCCCGACUGAGAAGCUCAUGGCCGGGAUCUGGGCUGACCUCCUCAGCGACCGUGGUGUUACUGCCGACACCAUCAGUGGCAGCGAUUCAUUCUUCGAUCUCGGAGGCCACAGUAUCGUUGCACAGCAACUGUUCUUCAGAAUCCGACAACAAUGGAAAGACAUCGAUGUUCCUAUGAGCACCAUCUUCCAGUACCCAACACUUCGUGGCUUCUCGUCGAGUAUCGACCAAGCGCAAGAUCCCAUCGGUCUCCGUCUCGACACGGCGGAGGCGAUUGAGGAUGAGCCUGAAGAUGAAGAUUACUCUGCUGAUGCUAGAGAUCUAGCUAAGCAACUAAGUGAUUUCAAGACCAAGGAGCCUCUGAAACCUGGGCAAGAGAUCCAUACCUUCCUUACGGGCGGCACUGGGUUCUUGGGUGCAUACAUUUUGAGAGAUCUGUUAUCGCGUCCAGGAAAAGUUACUGUGCUUGUACGAGCGAAAGAUGCAGAUGCUGCACUCGGUCGCAUACAACAGACAUGCCAAGCAUACGGCAUCUGGGACGCCUCAUGGCAAUCGCGCAUCACAGCACUCGUCGGCAACCUUGAGUCAUCAAACUUCGGCCUUGCGCCGGACGUCUGGAACCAGCUUGCUGAUUCAAUUGACGUCGUCAUCCACAACGGUGCGCUUGUGCACUGGGUAUUGCCAUACUCCAGGUUGCGCGCCCCUAAUGUCGAAAGUACCAUGACUGCAUUGUCGCUCUGUGCGGUUGGCAAAGCCAAGAACUUCGCCCUGGUCAGCUCCACCUCAGUCUUGGAUUCCGACUACUAUGUCAAAUUCUCAGAAAAGAGCCUUGCCGAGGGCGGCGCUGGUGUCCUCGAAGAAGACGACAUGGAAGGCUCGCGCAAAGGUCUUGGAACGGGUUACGGUCAGAGCAAGUGGGCUGCUGAGUACUUGACCAGGCAAGCAGGCAAGAGGGGACUCAACGGAACCGUCAUCCGCCCUGGAUACGUGACAGGAGACCCCGAGACGGGCACCACCAUCACCGACGACUUCCUCGUCCGCUUGUUGAAGGGCUGCGUCCAGCUCAAGUCUCGACCAGACAUCAACAACACCAUCAACAUGGUGCCAGUAACGCAUGUUGCGCGCGUGGUCGUCGCAUCAUCACUCAGUCCGCCUGCAUCGCCCAUCGGCGUCGCGCAGAUCACCUCGCAUCCGCGCAUUACGAUCAACACGUUUGUCGGCGUCCUCGAGAAAUACGGUUACCACGUCCCUCAAGUGUCGUAUGCCGAGUGGAAGAAGAACAUGGAAGCGUACUGCGCGGACCAAAGCGGCGCAAAGGAGGAGCACGCUCUUCUCCCGCUUUAUCACUUCGUGACGGGUGACCUGCCCGCGGACACCAAGGCGCCCGAGCUUGACGAUCGCAACGCAGCUCAGGCGUUGAAGAAGGAUGCCGAGUGGACGAGCCAGGACUGGAGCGCCGGUGGCGCCGUGACUGAGGACACGGUUGGUGUGUACGUGAGCUACCUCAUUGAGCUUGGGUUUAUGCCGAAGCCGGAGGCUAAGGGUGCGUUGGAGCUGCCCCAGGCGAGGCUGACGGAGAGUAUGAAGGAGGGUAUGGCGAAGGUUGGAGGACGCAGGGGCGUGUAGCUGGGUUGCGAGUCUUCAAGUAAAAUAGUAUCAUGUGUGACGAAUAGCUAAGCGCUUGGAUAGAUAAAAGGGCGGAUCAGUAUUUGGUAAGACUAGAUAAAUUGUCUUGUUUCUCACGCACAACAAUGAUCCGCUGGAUGUAUGGUGGCGUCAACGCGCUUACUCGCUAUUCUGCCGCGGCUGUUGAAACAAUUGUCGGUCCC